AUGGGUCCCAAGCCACGGAUGACGAUCGCGCGUCCGCCCGCCGCUGCUUCCGCUCGGCCUGUAGCCACUGCCUACAGCAGCAGCGGCACCACGACCACCACCACAACCGCUACUACUUCAACAGCAUCGCGCCCCGUGCGACGCAAGCGAUGGGUGUACGCGCCAGCCACGCUGAUCCUGCUUCUGCUCUUGCAUGCCUUUUGCCACGUGUUUGCAUUCGUCUUGCUGACCGAGCCGUGUCUCAACCCUGCGUAUACGUCGAGGAUGAUGGACAAGCUGAAUUACGUCUCGCUGCUCGCGUCGCGCGGUGCGAUACCCGUGGGCGAGUGGGGGGAGCGCUUCACGCGCGCUGGCGUCCGGGGCCUGUUCGGAGUAGGCGUCAUCCAGGCGUGGUUCACCGCACGUCUGAACAGCUAUGUGCUCAAGGCGCACCGUCAGCACGCCAGCCUGCUGCGCAUGCUCCGAGCUCAGCGCGCAAGCGGCACCAAGGUCGGCGUGGACACGCGCUGGCACGAGGCAGAGGCGAAGGAGGAGGAGUCGGAGGAGGCGGAGGCGGCAGAGGUGGGCAGCUUUGUGCGCCAGAUGGAAAGCGUCUCGGUGACCUUCCUGGGCUUGCCGCUCGUGGUAGCGGCAGUGUAUGCUGCGGUUGUCCUGGCGGGCGCUCCGGCGGUGGGGGCGUGGAAGCAGACCCUGGUACUCGCAGCACACCUGGCGAUGCUCAUCGCGCUGCCCCUCGUGCACAUCCUAGGCAUCCCCGACAUCUCCGUUUCCACCACACCGCACGCCUCAACCCAGUCCACUGCACAACCACCGCCGCCCUCGGCGUCCUCAACAAGCCUCCCCAACGCCUCAACCCACUGGACCGCCCUGCUCACCCUCAAGCCCAACCCCACAUUCCUGCUGCCACUCUACUACCCGCUUAUCGGCUGCUUCCUCGGCACGCUCGCCUCGACGGCUGUCCUUGCGCUCGACUGGAACGUCGCCUACCAGACCUACCCGUUCCCCCUCCUCGUCGGCAGCCUGCUCGGCCUCGUCCUCGGCGACCUGUACACUAUCGCCAUCGUCCUCUUCGGGUGA